CAAACAGCUGUCACAGUCGACAGGCGCUGAGCAGUAAUGGCCGCUAUGCAAGAUGGCCACACACAAAUUGAUCGCAGGAUUCAUCAAUAGUUCCAAUAUACACUUUAAGGAACAUGAUUGGCUCUGAGAGCCUGAAGAGGUGAGAGCCUGAGAGGUGGCUGCUCAAAUGGCGUGGACCAAGUCAUGGUCGCAUCCAGACCCAAAGCCAAGACCAAAAUGGAAACCCCCCAGUCUCAGGACUCACAAAACGUUUUCAAACACCCCUCAAACCCAGCGUCAGUUUUUCCUGCCCCUCCUUCUCCUGCUCGCUGCCUUUGCUGAUAUGGUUACCGCUGGUCCGCCUCAGUUUGCUCGCCCCCCUCUCCUUUCUGGACAGCCUUUCAUCAUCUUCUGGGGCAUCCCUGACUCUUCCUGCUCCGAUCGGCCUGAUCUCAGAACUCUCGGGAUAGAACGAGAGGGCCGGGUGGCCGUCUUUUACGAGGACACGCUUGGAAAUUAUCCGUAUUUUGCAGACAAAGACACACCCAUCAAUGGGGGUCUACCACAGAACACAAAGCUGGACAACCACAUCCAGAAGACACAGCAGGACUUGGACGCAGCUUUACCUGCUCCAAGGUACCUGGGGCUGGGGGUGCUGCGCUGGGCAGAGUGGAUCCCCCAGUGGUCGAGGAACAGAGAGAAGCAGGCCAUGUAUCUGGAGGCAUCGAGGGAACUGCUGAAGGCUUUCUUUCCUAACUGGACGCCAGAGGAGGUGGAGAAGUGGUCAAAGGUGGAUUUCGAGGCAGCAGCCCAGUCAGUAAUGAUGGAGACUCUUCGGGAACUCGGGAAACUAAGGCCCAAAGCAUUAUGGGGCGUCUCCCCUUACCCCAGCUGCUACAACGGGGAUCCUGCCCAAACCUUGUUAGCCAAUUACACCGGCGAGUGCCCUGCUGCGGAGCAGGCCCUUAACAAUGAGCUCCUGUGGCUUUGGAAACGAUGCUCCGCCCUCUUCCCUCUGCUCACCCUGCAGAAGAUGCAGGGUGGGACAUAUGGAGGCCGGCUGUAUUUGGCCAGUCAAAUCAGAGAAGCACUGAGAGUAUCCUCUCUCAGUCGGGCAGAGUUUGAAAUCCCUGUGUUUCCCUUGGUUAAAAGCGUGUAUGCCUCAACUAACACUUUCCUGUCACAGGCAGACCUGGUGAGCACCAUAGGCGAGAGUGCUGCCAUGGGAACAGCAGGAGUUGUCAUCUGGGAGAGAAGUGAGACUAAGACAGAGAGAGAGUGCCAGGACCUGGCAGAGUUCAUACGUAAGGUCUUGGGACCUUACUCCUUGAAUGUAACCACAGCAACUGCACUCUGCUCAGCCUCUCUGUGCCAGGGGAAGGGCCGAUGUGUACGUCAAAAUCCAGGGAGCUCUGCAUACCUGCACUUACCACCACCUUCAGACGUGGUGGAGAAGACGACAGAAAAGGCUGAAGCUGCAAAAGCAACGGAUCAGCCGGACACAGACACUAAACCAACUGAACCGGACCCAGACACUAAACCAGCUGAACCGGACCCAGCUGAGAUCUGGAAGAAGGACUUCCAGUGCCAAUGGUACAAGACUGCAGACAGGGACGUGUCUGACCUGCAGUCCCCCAAAGACGGAGCUUCUAUCAUAGGCAAAGUGAAGGAAACCAGGGGGACUGCGGCUCCUUCUUACGUAGCUUCUACAUCCAAAGUUUCCUCUGUGACUGAGUUCCCUGGAGACAGCUCACCUGGAAGCCUGACGCCUUUACUGCAGGCAGCCACAGACGCUGGAGCAAAUCCACUGAGUGCCCCAAACCUGACUGUUCUGCUGUUUCUGGUGGUUGGAAGUCUAUUUCUAGAACCAUAAAAUGUAAACAGACCCCCUGUAAGGUCAGGGUUAGCACUGCACGAUGAGCCUUUCAGAAGUGCCCACGAGCAAAACACAGGAUCUCAGUUAGCUGCACGCGCUCAGCUCUGCAGCUGACCACACAUCACUUCAUGUGCCAAGAGACAGAGGUACAAGCUGGUCUCUCUUCAGGGUUCCUGCUGGCUGUACUUCAUGAGGAGAUAUGACACUUUACAUUUUGAUGAACUUUCAGGGGCUGAGAUCAUGUGAUUAAAAAGCAGACACGCUACAUGACAGCAGGAUCUGAUUCAGCACUCAUUUUCUCUUUGCACAUUUUGUUUAUUGGUGUACUCGUCAGUGCUUUGUUGUUUGAAAAUCUGUUUCUACAUUUCAAGGUCUUGUGCUCUCAGGAUUUUCUCCUGUCAUGUAGUUUAAACUCUGAGGUAAAGGGCUGUUUCACCAAACAUUAGAAUAAAUAAAUGAAUGUUGCUGUCAAAA